AUGAAACAGGAAGCAACAAACGAUGAUGGGUAUGAAAAUAGUGUUAAUCAUUUUGAUAUGAGAGCACAUGGUCAAAAUGAGCAGGGAGGAAAAGUAAAUCAGAACAUGAUGGACCAACAUAUACCUACUGCGCCACAAGGCGUUGCAUUAGAUCAUAGGCUUCAGAUGAGGCGCCCUUUGGAAAAUCAUUUAGGACAAGAAAAUGUUAGAAUCAAUUCCGUGGAUUCAUCACACAUUGACAAUCGAUUGAGCGAUGUUCAUUCGACUCAUGAUCCCGGAAUGAAUCAUCAUCAGGUCGAACGGGAAAACAGAAUUAAUUCACUCGAGGGACGAUUAAAUGGAAGUGAAAGUAAUCGCGGACACGAGAAUCAUCUUACCUCGAUCGAAACUAGAUUAGUUGAACAUGAUAAUUCUGUUAACAGUAUUGAAAGCACAAUAAACGGCAUUAGUGGCGGAGGAAUACAAAAUAACGAAAAUUCUUUAGGUAAUCACGAGAGUAGACUUUUAAAUCAGGAAAGUCAAAUAUCUAGAGUUGAAAAUCGAUUAGAUUCUAUAGAAAAUCAUAGAAAUCCUAUGGAAGCUCAAAUGGGACACGAUAGUCAGAUGAGCGAUAAUGAAAGCGGAGUUGUAGGAAGCCACGAAUCCAGAAUCGGAAGUCAACAAGAAAGUCAAAUGACGAGAAUCGAGAAUAGAGUAAGACACGAGAAUCAUUUGAGCAACAUAGAAAGUAGAAUAAUGGCUCAAAGCAGUCAUCAUUUGGCGGCGUUGGAAAAUAGGCUGGGACACGAGAAUCAUUUGAACAGUUUAGAGAAAAGAAUAAGCAACCGGGAAACGAAUCAUUUAAACGAACUCGAAAGCAGAAUGAACGGUCACGAAAACUGCAUCAACGGAUUAGAAGGUCGAUUGAACUCUCACGAUGGACACUUGGGUACUUUGGACGGUAGAAUGCUCGCUCACGAAAAUCGCUUGCUGGAAAGUAGAAUGGAAAGUCGUGACAAUCAUUUGAGCAGUUUAGGAGUUCACGAUAGUCAUUUGAACGGAUUAGAAAACAGGUUGAGCCUAAGGGAAAAUCACAUUAGUCAUCAAGACUCGAGAAUGAGCGGACACGGUCACGGACACGGUUUGACGGGAAUGGAUGCGAGAGACAGCAUUCUCAACGCUCAUGCCAAUCACAUGGGUCUUCACAUGAGUCACCCCGGACCCCUCGAUCACCUUCAACCGCAUCCUCAUUUGCAAAGCCUUCAUCACCCGCAUCAUCCUCACUUGCAUCACAUGCACCAUCCUCAUCAUAGUCAUUCACACGUGAAAUGUGAUUCAAUGGAAGAUCCGUAUAGUUUCGUAGAAGAUGAUCCUACGGGCAUGGGUGGCGCGUCGCACGUGACUCCUCAGCCCAGACCGUCGCCUAUCAUGCUUCAAGCUAUUCCUAAAAAAAGAGGAAGAAAAAAGAAAAUCAAACCGGAAAACGAGUUGGGUGAUACGGUGGAGCUUUUAAAAAAGGAAAAUGGAUUGAUGAAGUCGGCGGCGGCAAAAGAGAGGAAAAAACACGACAGAUUUAAUGGAAUGCCAGAGGAGGAGGUUGUUAAAAGGACGCUCCCGGACCACUUAACUACGAACCUCGACAUUGUUAUUAUCGGUAUCAAUCCUGGAUUGUUUGCUGCCUACAAGGGACAUCAUUAUGCCGGUCCAGGCAAUCAUUUCUGGAAAUGUUUGUACCUGUCAGGUUUGACUCCGGAGCCCAUGACGGCUGAUGAUGAUUAUAAAUUAUUGUCCGUUGGAAUCGGUUUUACAAAUAUGGUGGCAAGAGCUACGAAAGGUAGCGCGGAUUUAACUAGAAAAGAAAUAAAAGAAGGGAGUCAAAUAUUACUGGAAAAACUUCAAAAAUUCAAACCUAAAAUAGCCGUUUUUAAUGGUAAACUCAUUUACGAAGUUUUUUCCGGUAAUAAAGAUUUUAAUUUUGGACGACAACCUGAUUUUGUCGACGGCACGAAUACGUACAUGUGGGUGAUGCCUUCCUCGUCGGCUAGAUGCGCUCAAUUGCCAAGAGCUGCCGACAAAGUACCAUUUUAUGCCGCAUUGAAAAAAUUUCGCGAUUAUUUAAAUGGUUUGAUUGCGGAAUUGGAUGAAAACGAAGUUGUUUUUAAUGAUCAAAAAUUGAAAACAUUUUACGAAUCUGAUAUUAAUGUGGAAAGCAAAGAUGAUCAGGGAAGUUAUUAUUCGUAUUCACGUUUGGCGAAUAACGAUCUCACGGAUCUCAGCAAUGCGGUUGUCAAAAAGGAGCCUUACGAUCCGGGUAGACCGGAAAAAAAGAAACGGGGCCGACCUAAAAAAAUAAAAAUAAACGGAGUUGAAGUUCCGCCGCCGAAGGAAAGGAUUAAAAAGGAAAAACUUCCCGUUGACGGUGAUAUACCGAAGAAAAAAAGAGGGAGACCGAAAAAAAUCAAAUCGGAAAAUGGAGGAAUAGGAGCGGAGCGUAGAAUGCUACCACAAAACGUGAGCAUUCAAAACGGAAGUUUGAAUGUGUCCGAACAUACUAGUUCUUCCAAUCCGGCAUCUACUUGCUUUUCGCCUCCGAUUCAAUCUCCUUCGGGUUUUUGCCCCGGAUUUUCUCCCGCUUAUGCUUCCCAGAAUCAAAAUCCCGUUUCUUCUCAGUUUAAUCCCAGGGCACCGUCGCCCGCGUAUCAUCCAUCUCCACAUCAUCCUUCUCCGUUACCUACUCAGUAUUCUCAGUCGCCUCCACCGGCUUCACAAUCUCAGUCCCAACCGUUCACUCAUUCGGAUCUCAGUUCGGAAAUUUCAGCUGCCAUUUCUUCAGAGCAUUUAGGAUCUCCGCCGCCUACCUCUCCCAGUCUGGGACCUCCAGAUUUCGAACCUCCCACGAGUAUGCCCGAAGACACAGCUACGAUGUCCGUCAAAGAAGAACCGGAACCGGAGUGUAGAUUUUCUUCUCCUGCGCCUUCAGAGCCUGCUCCUUAUCAGUAUCGAGCUUUUUCUGAAGCGAACAUUGAACACAAAAAUGCGAAUUCUCAGUUUCAGCGUCAAUCUUCUCCUGAAUUCGCUUCAAAACGUGCAAAUCAAGACGUUUCUUCGAAGAGCUUAUCAGGAUUGGAAUCGUUAGUGGAUCAAAUUCCCAGCAUCGCGGAAGGCGGUUCCGGGAAUUCAGUUUCUGGCACUAAUACCGAAGGCUUUGAGUCUCAGCAUUCUGGUCAAUACGAAGACUACCUCGGAUAUCCAGGGUACAGCACGGCUCCGGCAGCUCCGACGCCUCAGUCUGCUUAUCCACAUUACACAUCCAGUACAAAUUAUUCGACGGCUGGGUAUUUGCCUCCCUCCCAGAGUAGUUUUUCCGUGAGUUCUCUGGCAAACAGCGCGUCACACGGCCACGAACCUCAAGUGGCAAGUUCAUUUUCGGUCAGUAGUUUGGCUUCCAACUACACGGCCGGCGGUUACCCGAAUUUAAUGGGCGCUCCGCAUCUCGUCGUACCCCAGCCCGGCCUUUUUCCAACCGGCAUGAACAUGACUCCAAAUUAUCAGUAUCCGAGUCAAUAUCCGGGCGGUCCCACGUCUUUCCCCUACUCUCCGCACGCUCUCCACGUUCCUAGUCCAAAUUAUCCACCCUACGGACCGUAUUCGAAUUCAUCGUAUCCGCAACCCUAUCUGGCCAAUCACGUACUAGAUCGAAUCAAACAAGAGCGCAUGGAUAUAGGUUUUGGGAGUUUUUGA